AUGCUGACCCAGGGCCUAAAUGGCUGGCCACCGUUGCACUCGUUGGCCGUCGGUGUUUCCAACCCGGCGCAGCACCCUCGCGUCCCUUCCGAGUUUUUGCAAGUCAUUCGAAUGGGCAUUCGCGUGUUUUGGAAGGAAGGUCUCAGGGCCGAUACGGCGGUUUACCUCAACUCGAACAAGAUCACCAGCUUGAGCGAAGGGAUCUUCCGCCCGAUGCUGGAAAUCCUGACGCGAGGAGAUGGCUUUCUCUCCGUCAAGUACAAUCCGAUCCGGUGCGACUGCGAGCUGAAAUGGUUGGCCGACCGUCCGGAAUUACUGAGAGAAGUGAGAGGGACGUGCGAGAAUGGGACGAAUCUGAGAGAUCUGCGGCCGGGUUCCUUCGAACGUUGCCGGCGUUGUCCUCACGAGUGCGUCAGCGCCCGACAGGAAUCUCUCUGCAAGCCGGGAACAGUGGAUGCAGGGAACUGUCACUUUGGGAAAACGUGUUGUCGGUUGGAAAAUCCAGAAACGGCGACUGUGGCAUCGAUGAGUCCAAGUCUGUUCCACAAUAACACGCACAGGGACGUGACCUCGGCGCAGAUGAAUGCAGGAAAUCGUCCGUGCCCUGACGGUUUGCAGUGCAUCGGAAAGAAAUUCCAGGCUCAUUGCCGUCGAGGCAGUGUGAAAUCGAACUCGACGUGUCCGUCGGUGAACCAAAUCUGCUGCCGUGUCGCCAUGUCGCAGCCAUGCCCUCUCACGCAUGCGUGUCUUCAUUCUUCGGCUCGUGACGCGUGCGAACCGGGAACCGUGAUCUCGGCAGCGUCGUGCCGUGAAAAUGGAAUCUGUUGCAUCAGCACCCCUCAGAAUCCUUCUCGCUCGUCGCCUCGCCAGCACCAAGUUGCGUCAGCGCCCGAAGACAAAUCGGGCUGCAGCAAGAAGAAAAUCCGUUCUCGAGGUGGGAUCGACGGGCUGGGAGAAGAAACGGCCUCGUCGAACGAUACCGUCUUCGAUCCCGAGGAUAUCCCGAAUUGCGAACCUUGCAUGGGCCGGUGCACGGUGGCCGAUCGAAUCCACGAAUGUCGAGCCGACGGUCAGGGAGAUUUCUCCAUGUUCUUCCGAUGCCCGGGAGAACUCGUUUGUUGUGCCUUUAGGACUCCCAUCGGUGAGAGGAGGCUGGAUGUCCUUCCGGCAGAUGUCGCUCAUUCUCGGAAUGCCUCCCCAGACUCCAUCGUUUUCGGUGACUCGAGAUGUCGAAUGGUGGAAGCUCUGUGCGUACUAACGUAUGUUUUGUUCAUUUGGUGGAAUUUGUGA